AGGCGCCAGGCACGGAGACCGGAAGCGGAAGGCUUAACGCGUUGGGUGGGCACCUGUGCAGCCAGUAGUCAUGCGCGGCUUGGAGGACCCUGGGCCUCGCCCUAAAGCUACACCGUGCGGGUGCGUGAAGCCAACUCUGGAGACAGGGAACCUUUUAACAGAGCCAAUUGGAUACUUGGAAUCCUGUUUCUUAGCCAAGAAUGGUACUCCAAGGCAGCCAACCAUUUGUAGCCACUCACGGGCCUGUUUGAGGAUUAGAAAAAGUAUCUUUAAUAAUCCUGAACAUUCCUUGAUGGGCUUAGAACAAUUUUCUCACGUUUGGAUUUUGUUUGUUUUUCACAAAAACGGUCAUUUGAGCUGUAAGGCCAAAGUGCAGCCUCCUAGGCUGAAUGGUGCAAAGACUGGUGUCUUCUCCACAAGGAGUCCCCAUCGUCCCAAUGCAAUAGGACUGACUCUGGCCAAACUGGAAAAGGUGGAAGGUGGAGCCAUAUACCUUUCUGGAAUCGACAUGAUUCAUGGCACACCUGUUCUAGACAUAAAGCCCUACAUAGCUGAUUAUGACUCACCACAAGAUUUGAUUGAGCCUUUAGGAGACUUUCAUUUACAGAAAAACCAGUGUAAACCAAAACCCAUGUCCCAAUCUGAUGGCACGAUUGACAGCUGUGACUGGCAGCAGCUCUCAGGAUACGAGGAACCACAGCCCUACACCUGCACCAAGGAGAAACCUCAAUGCCCCGAAGACAGAACUUUAGGAGAAAAUGACACAAAACACGAUGACGACACAGCAGAAAUCCAGCGAAACUCACCUAAGCCCAGGGAGAGAGCAGCAGAUGUGGGUGAAGAAUCAGGAAGUGGCUCGAGUCCAAGUGUGGCAGAAGGGCAGAGAGGUCCAUGGCACUUGGAGAAGAGCUUUUUAGAGGAACAAGCAGACAGCAGGUUGAGGAGAGGGAAGGAAGCAGUGGUCCCACCAGGACACAGUGCAAAGCUGCCCCCCGAGGCUCCUUCCUGCCCCUCCAGGGUGGCUGAUGCAGCCCACCGCAGUGUGGUCCCUGCCUGGGUGAGAGAGGCCCCCGUGGCCACCUUGGAAGUCCGAUUUACUCCUCACGCGGAGAUGGACCUUGAGCACCUUAGCUCAGGUGAUUCAGGUGUUGGCCAGGCUUCAUUUAAAUAUUUUCAAUCAGCAGAAGAAGUGAAGCGUGCCAUUGAGGCAGUGCUUUCAGCCGACCCUCGGUCUGUGUAUCGGCGGAAGCUCUGCCAGGAUCGCCUUUUCUACUUCACAGUAGACAUAGCACACGUCACCUGCUGGUUUGGUGAUGGUUUUGCAGAGGUACUAAAGAUCAAGCCAGCUUCUGAACCUGUUCAGAUGAGUGACGCUGCAGAGUCCUUGGUGUCUCUGGGAUCGUGAGUAGCCUCCGUCACGUCUUUAAAAUGGCUGAAUUGAAGUUCCCAUCGUGGUGCAGCGGAAACGAAUCUGACUAGGAACCAUGAGGUUGGGGUUUGAUCCCUGGCCUCGCUCAGUGGGUUGAGGAUCCAGCAUUGCCAUGAGCUGUGGUGUAGGUUGCAGACGUGGCUUGGAUCCUGUGUGGCUGUGGCUGUGGCAUAGGCUGGCAGCUAUAGCUCCAAUUCGACCCCUUGCCUGGGUGUGGUCCUAAAAAGCAAACAAAAACAAAAACAAACCAGAAAAACAGCUAAAUUGACUUCGAGUGUGGCUGUUGGAUUUUCUGUACAAGUUAAUGAUGUACCUUCUUUUUUGUUUGGUUUGGUUUUGUUUUUUGGCCACCCCACGGCAUAUGGAAUUCCUGGGCCAGGGAUCAGAUCUGAGCCACAGUCUUGACCCAAACCGCAGCUGUGGCAACACCAGAUCCUUAACCUACUGUGCCAGGCUGGGGAUCGAACCUGCAUCCCACAACUCCCAAGAGGCCGCUGAUCCCGUUGCACCACAGUGGGAACUCCAGUGAUUUAUCUUCCUUGUAGAAAGAAGCAGCACUUUGUGAUCCCAUUGCUUUGAUUGAUUUGGGUUGUUCAGAAUAUUUAUUUGAAAAACGUAUUUUAAUAAAAACUAAGAAAAAAUUUGGAGAAAUCACCGUA